AUGACCAGACGCCUGAUGGUUGCCUCCGGUCUGUGUGCCACUCCAACCCCAAGUGGUGCGAGAAGGCGGCCGACAGCUUCCGAAACCUUCUUGACAUACGGGAGUGCCCGCCAGGCUAAUAAAGCUCUUGUCCCGGCGAUCGUGUCUCCUUCUUCAACACUGGCACCUGCUGGACUAUGUCCUCGUCCAGAGGCGGGACCAGCAGGCCGUGCUGGUGACAAAGGCGAUAAUGAAUGCCGAUGUGUGGACCGACCAUCGCCUCGUCAUCUCCAAGAUGAGGAUCCACCUACAGCCGCGAACGCAACCUCAAGGUAAGUUAAAUAUUGCUCUGUUGAAUGUGCCUUCUCAUCAUUUCCAUUUCAGCAACCAGCUGGCUCGGUGACUAACCAACCUUCCACCCACCUCUGCCGACGAGAACGCCUCCGCGAAGAACUGAUGGCACCAACUAUGGGACACAGUUCAGUCGACCACCCCGGCUGUCACUCGGUCGCGCACAUCGCCAACCCCAGAACUGGUUCGAUGAUAACGACGCCGCCAUCAGCAAUCCGCUCGACCAGAAGAACAGCCUGCACAAUGCCUACGUCAACCGCUUCACCUACGACAACAAAACAGCCUUCUACCGUAGUCACCGCCUUGUGCAACAGUGGUUGCGGCAGAUGCAGGACGCUUGGACGGCUCGCAAGUCCGAGGAGAUCCAAGGGUACGCGGACUGCAACGAAUGGAAUAACUUCUUCGCCGCUAUCAAGAUUACCUACGGUCCGCUAACCAAAGCAACUCCUCCUCUUCCCGACACCGAUGGUAUUACCCUACUCACCAAGAAAACACAGAUCCUACAGCGAUAGGCUGAGCACUUCAGAGGCGUCCUCCAUCAUCCCUCCACCAUCUCCGAAGCCGCCAUCGUCCGUCUGCCUCAAGUGGAGACCAACGCCGACUUCGACUUUCCGCCCUCUCUCUACUAAGUGAUCAAGGCCGUCCAACAGCUCUCUAGCAGGGCAGCGCCCGGAUCGAACGCGAUCCCUGUUGAGAUCUACAAGCACUGCGGUCCCCAACUCAUGGAUCAUCUGACGGAACUCUUCCAGGAGAUGUGGCGUCAAGGAGAAGUCCCGCAAGAUUGCAAAGACGUCACAAUCGUGCAUCUAUACAUGCGGACAAGAAACUGUCAAAACUGCGACAAUCACAGAGGCGUCUUGCUGCUGAACAUCGCCGGGAAAAUCUCCGCUCGCAUUCUUCUCAACCGUAUGAACAACCACCGAGAACAAGAUCUCCUGCCGGAAAGCCUGUGCGGCUUCCGCCGUCAUCGCGGAACCACGGACAUUAUCUUUGCCGCCCGCCGACUGCAGGAGAAAUGUUUAGGGAUGUGAGUACACAUCUACUCUACUUUCGUGGAUCCGAUGAAAGCCAUCAGUAUGGCGAAUCGCAAAGGCCUAUGGAAAAUCAUGCAGAAAUUCGGCUUUGCCGAAAGAUUAAAUCAGACAGUGCUCCACGAUGGCAUGACGGCACGCAUCCCGGACAAUAAAGCCGUCUGAGAGACAUUCACAGUGACCAACUGAGUAAAACGGGGCUGCGUCCUCGCGCCUAUCCCCUUUCAGGCUCAUGCUCUCUGACAUGCUGGUGGACGCUGACCGUGACGAACACCUUAUGAUCCACACCACCUACAGGACGGACGGCUGCCUCCUCCAUCAGCGACGGAUGCACUUUCAGUCGCGUGCAUCCACAAACACCGUCCGCGAACUUCUGUUCGCCGAUGACUGCGCCCUAAAGACAACUACUGAAGGGGGCAUGCAUAUGAGCAUGGAUCUCUUCUCCACCGCCUGCGAGAGCUUUGGCCUGAUCAUCAUCAAGGAGAAGACGAUGGUCAUGCGCCAACUGCCACCCGACGCUGCCUACUUCACACCCCAAAUCAACGUGAAUAACGCCUAA